AUGAGUCGAAUAGCGACACGGCGUGCGAUCCGUUUCGCAAAUCUUCGACCAACAUCACACCCUCGAGCACACCCCAAAACUCUACUGCAACAACACCUCCGCUACCGCAGCAGCGACACCAACAAGGACGACCAAGUCCACCCACUCACCGGCUACUACGCCGACAUCCUCUCCUCGCGUCAAUCCCCCAGCGACCAGCUCUCCCACAUCCCAACCAAGGAGAUCCAACCACAAACCCGAACAGCACCAAUACCACCUCCCACCACCUCACUCCCCAAGACCGACAAGGAAGAAACGCUAGAAAAAGCACGCAUAGUAUUCGGCUCACGGCUCGCCGGUCCCAGCGAACGCAAAGACGACAUCGAAACCGCGAGCAAAGAAAUCGCCGGCGUGGUUGUGCCGCCGAAACCCAAAGAACCAGAAGGCGAUGAUUGCUGUAUGAGCGGCUGUGUAAACUGCGUCUGGGACAUUUACCGCGAAGAGUUUGAAGAGUGGAGGGCCAAAGCAAAGGAAGCGAGGGUGAAGAUGGAGGCACAACGGGCAGGCCAAGCUGUUGCAGAUGCAAGCAGUAUGGAUGAUGAUGGGGGUGGUAGCGAAGCGCUGUGGAUAGAGGAAAGUGAACCCAAGGCGCAAGAAACAGAUCCCUUCGCCAAUGUACCUGUUGGAAUUAGGGAGUUUAUGCGCACGGAAAAGAUGUUGAAGCAGAAACACGCCGCUCAAGGUUCAAAAGGUGGAUGA